AUGUCAGGCUAUGCGGUAGCGACGCGCCGCUAUGGGGAAGCGACGGCAUAUGAGCGGUCAUCGACAUAUCUGCGAAAUGUGAGAGCGAAGACUUGGGUGUUUGCUGUCGUGUUGAUUUUACUAGUGGGCAGUACGGUGGUAUUCAGGCAUGAGAAACCCCCAGAGGAAGAGAACAAGCCGAAUGAGCCGGCGCCACCAUCUUUGAAGACGAGACCAUGGAAGGAGUUCAACAAGUUGCAAGGCUUCUAUCAGGGCAUUGGAAAUCUGGUUGGCGCGAAUGACUUCGUGCCUGAAAAUCCUUUUAUCGGUAGUGCAACAAGCGAUAGCAAAGACAACAACGCACCCGAAGACAAGCGUGAACGUGGUCUGCCACUUGAGCUGCGUCCAUACCGCCCUCAGCUGAAGGAAGAUCCUGCUGCAGCAAAGGAAGCAGGCGUCCCACAACACGCCGCAAAUCCUCUGUAUGGCUCUUACAAGGCAAUCGGUCUACGGGAUGACAUCUGCUUCGAACGCUACGGCCGAUAUGCGCACUAUGGUCUCGGCUACGAGACGUCUCAUGGCGGUACCGGGUUAGGCAUGCACGGCGACCGUAAUCAAACGCAAGCGAUCUGGGCAACUGGCUCGGGAUACAUUGACUGGCGCGAGGUGGACCUCGGUGUAGCUCAGCAACGCUGCGUAGAACGGAACCAGGAGCGGUUCGCACCGUCCACAGGAGAACAGCAAGACCGCCACGUCGGCUCACUAGUUGAUCUCCCCGACGAGCAGCCUUCCUCACCAACGACGAAUCCGUCCCAUAUCCCUCGCACCGCCCUUGUCCUCCGCGCCUGGGCUGGGAUGGAAUACACUCCCGCCCUCCGCCUCUACCUCCGCUCCCUCGUCACCGAGCUCUCCCUCUACAGCUCCGGCGAGUACGACGUGCACCUCCUCAUCGAAGUCAAAGAUACGAAGAACUACCCGAUCUUCACCUCCCGCGAAGCCUACGAUGCUGCCCUUGCAGAAUUCGUGCCUCAAGAGUUCCGCUCCAUGGCGACGCUGUGGAGUCAGGAUCUGAUGCGUUUGGUGUAUCCGGGACCGUUUGAGCCGCAUUUCGCGGAGCAUGGGAGCAUGUAUCCGGCGAUGAGGAGUAUGCAUUUCGCGCUGCAGUGGUUUAUGGUGCAGAGACGGGAGUAUGAGUACUUUUGGAAUUGGGAGAUGGAUAUUAGGUACGUGGGGCAUUGGUAUGAGUUGCUGGAGGGCGUGGUGGAGUUCGCACGGAAGCAACGGAGUGGCGGUGGUGGACGCAACCGAUUGCUGUGGGACAGGAGUGCAAGAUUUUACGUGCCGGCGCUGUGGGAAGAUGAUUACGGGAAGAUGGUUGAGGAUGCGGACAGGCGGUCGCCUGACGCUGAUGGGACGGCAGGCCACAGCGAUGAUCAGGAAGCGGACUACAUAUCCUUGAAUCCGAUCUUUGACCCGGAAGGCACACUCUGGAACAGACGUAACGACGUCUCAGGCUGGUCAACGGAUCAGCCGAUCCCGGAACGGCGGAGCUCCAUCGUCGUCGCCGCCCGCUUCUCCCGCCGGUUACUGCUCAUCAUGCACAACGAGACUUGGGUCCAGCGCCACAGCAUGGGCUCUGAAAUGUUUCCGGUGUCGGUCGCGCUGCAUCAUGGCUUGAAAGCUGUCUUUGCGCCGCAUCCGGUGUAUAUGGAACGGGACUGGCCGGCUGAGUUUACGGAAGGUGUGUUGAAUGGUGGAGGACCGGGAAAGUGGUCGGGUGGGUUUGAGGACAGUGUGUUUGGGGAGGGCCCACAUGGGUUCGAGGAUGGAUUGAAGGAGAGUAGCUACUACUACGAUAGCUUCUGGGCAGGCUUGCUGUGGAGGAGGUGGCUGGGGUAUAAAGAGAGGGAGAUGGAGAGUUGGGAGGCGGAGAAGGGGGAGGGCGUAGGUGGUGAGGAUGCCGAGUGGGGCGCUUGGGGAGGAAGGAUGUGUUUGAGGAGUAUGCUGUUUCAUCCGGUCAAGCAUGAUGUUGGGGAGGUACGAUAA